UAUCUGUUAUUAUAUCUGAAAAGGUGAAUCAGGUGCGAAGUUUAUUUUGGAAAUUCAACCGGAAGUGGGAGUGUGUCUCGUCUUCCGUUCAGUGAGAGACAAACUACAGCACUGCGUUGUGGUUCACUUGACACUAACUAAACCAACUGGAACCACUUCUCAUCCACCGGUCAGAGGCUUCAACCGACUUCCUCAUUCCCCUCAGCGGUCCACACACACACACACACACACACACACACACACACACACACACACACACACACCCGUCUAUGAAACCAUGCCGAAGCAUUUCCACCUGAACACCCCGCUGCUGGAGAGCGCCAGCAUGUCCAAGCGCGUGGGAACCCCAGUGUACCUGAAGAUGGAGAACGCUCAGCCUUCCGGCUCCUUCAAGAUCCGGGGUAUCGGGCUCCUCUGUCAGCAGCUCACCAGCCAGUCCAAAGGAGUCGUCUGCUCUUCAGGCGGUAAUGCAGGUAUGGCCACAGCCUACGUAGCAAGAAAAAUGGGUGUCCCCGCCACCAUCGUAGUUCCCUCCUCAUCUUCCCAGCUGGUGGUGCAGAGACUCCAGGAUCAGGGGGCCACUGUCAAGAUUGCAGGCAAGGUUUGGGAUGACGCCAACGCCGAGGCUCUCCGCCUGCAGGAGGCUGAGGGACUCUCCUACGUCCCUCCGUUCGAUCACCCGCUGCUCUGGCAGGGCCACGCCAGUAUGAUCGCGGAGGUCGCGGCCUCCCUGGGUUCCGGCGCCAAGCCCGGGGCGGUGCUGCUCUCCGUGGGCGGAGGAGGGCUCCUCUGCGGCGUCGCCCAGGGCCUAAAGGACGCCGGCUGGACGGAUGUACCCAUCGUCGCCAUGGAGACGGCGGGGGCCGACAGUUUUAACGCCGCGGUCAAGGCGGGGAGGCUGGUCACCCUGGAUGACAUCACCAGUGAGGCAAAAUGUCUCGGAGCGAAGACGGUUUGCAGCAGAGCGUUUGAAUACAGCCAAAGUGGGGAGCUCACAGUCAUCUCUGAACUCGUGACUGACCAGCAGGCCCUGAGCGCCGUCGAGACAUUCCUAGAUGAGGAGCGCGUGUUGGUGGAGAUGGCGUGCGGCGCGGCGCUGGCAGCCGUCUACAGCGGACUCAUACGCAGACUACAGGAUGAAGGUCGGCUGCCGGCUCUCUUGGGCCCCCUGCUGGUGAUCGUGUGCGGUGGCAGCUGCAUCGACAUGGAGCAGCUCACACACCUCAAACACAAGCUGCAGGCUUGAGUGUGUCUUUCUGUGUAUGUCUGUAUGUUUGUGUGUGUGUCUCUAUGUCUGUCUGUCUGUCUGUGUGUGCGUCUGUUUGUGUGUGUUUGUGUCUCUGUCUGUAUCUGUCUGUAUGUGUGUGUAUGUCUGUGUUUGUGUGUCUGUGUGUGUCUGUCUGUGUGUGUGCAAAGAUAACAUCGGUUCAGUGAAUGAUUUGUCGAUGGAUGAUUGGAAAGAAGAUCAAUUAAUAUUAAUAAAAAGACAAAUAACCACA